UGCGACAUAUGGGCUAUUUGCACUGAGCUAAGUUUGGCCCCAUGGCUCAGCCACAAGUCGCAUGCUGCGUGCUAGCAUCAUCUUGCUGCCUCUCGCCGCGGGCUUCACCGAUUGCCUCGGGACAGAGCUGGUGGCGCAAGAUGUUUGGACCGUGGCGCGGGAGGUGGACAAGGCGCUCAACCUCACCCACGUGCCGCGGGAGUAUGGCGUCGAGCUGUCAAACGCCUUUUUUGCCCUGGAGCGGUCCGGGGCAUUGCCAGGAGCCAUCGAAGACUGCGCCCUAGGCGUGGCGACGCUGGCCUUGAACGCGGUGCCCUUCGCGGAGCUUCGCUUCGGCACUCUGCAGGCCAAAGAGUACUUCCUCCUGUUCGAACAGCUGCAGCGCAAGUACGGCCACCUCUGGAAUGCCGGGGGCUUCGCCUGGAACCUGCAGACCCACCAGUCGGCAGGCUACCCCCUGAUCCUGGGCCUGAAGCCUCAGAGCUGCGAGCGGGAUCUGAAGAUCUACGUCUACGACACGGACUUCGCUUCGAAGCCCAUCGUGUGCAGCCAGGGCAUGUUCGCCAGCGAGGUCUUUGUUCACCAGUUCCUGCUCCACAGCAGCUGCCGCACGACGAAUCCGCAGGAGGCAGACUUCUUUUUCGUGCCCGUGUACGCAGCCUGCGUCAUGACCAAGGAGAAGAAGCUGGCGGGCGACAUGGACCAGUUCUACAAAAACCUGGUGAGGGAGGAGUUAACUUAUUUUGAGGACCAAGGGGGCCUGGAUCACAUCUUCCUUUGGUCGUCAGAAACCUACGACUUCCCAUCGUGGCUGGACUACAUUCCUGACUCGUUGUUCCUGUCAGUUGAGGCGGCGCCUAUCGAGUGCACGGACUUCGAUUUCUUCUCGGAAGAGACGGCCGACAACUUUGGGGCGCACUGCAAGCACUGCUACUGGUGCUUUACCCGCUGGAAGGACUAUGUCAUCCCGGGAUUUGUGGAGAAGUGGAGUGUCGAGAAGAUGCAGCUUCUGCAGAAGCCUCACGAAGAGAGGACCUACACCGCCUGUUAUCACGGAGCAGAUUCGGACUCGUUGGCCAUUUACCUGUAUGCCAACACUACUGUCCGCAAUGACCUGCAGAGCCUGCGGGGCCGUCCUGGUUUCAGCAUUGGCUACAGGUUCUCGCGGAUUACAGAAUAUUUCGAGCGCAUCGGGGAGUGCCACUUUUGCUUCGCUCCGAAGGGACUGGGGUACUGGAGCAACCGCCUCUACGAGGUGCUUUUCGCCGGGUGCAUCCCAGUCAUCCUGUCCGACCACAUUGGCUUGCCCUUUGAUGACUUCCUGGAUUGGCCGUCCUUCUCCUUGAAGUGGCCAAUGAACCAGGCGGCGCCUGCUUUGGCAGAGCACUUGGAACGGCUGGUGGCGAACCGCAAGGAGCUGGUCAAGGACAUGCUGGUGAAGAACAGGUGCUGGUUCGACUACAACUCCGAGGAUCCCAGUUGCGUCUGGGCAUUUCAGGGGGAGUUUUGGUGUUGCAGUCCGUAGCCCCGGUACUUCGUGCCGAGUAGCCUCGUGGUGCCGAGUAAGGCGCAUCGCACCUUUCCGUGUUUCCAUGUUUCUUCUUGUAUCGUGUCUUUCUUCUCAUGCUUGCGUUUCUUGCAAAGCGAGGAGUGGCAAGCGUUGACCAGACCAACCUCUCAAGAAAGAGACAUGAGUCGCGGGGUGCUCUCAUCGGAGCCCCAGGGACAAUCAGAACCAUUUUUGCAUGGCAAUGAGAAGGUGCUUUGCCUGGUCACCUUGUUGCUUUUGUGGUUUCGACGGCUUGGCAGGAUUCUGGGCGCAAUCUAGAUGGCCAGCCAGCGUCGGACUCUAGGGCUCACAAUUGCAGCAGGGCAUGUUUAUUCUUAAGGAUGCCACAUCCAUGCAUGUGGCUGCUGACGAACUGAACCAGAAAACACCACUUACUGUCGGGGAGGAGCCAGUCAGCAUGGAACAAGAUACUAGGCUCACCCUACUUGGGCAUCCUG